AAAUAUCCUCCACAGCUCCCUCUAAUCAAUUAUAUAAGCAUAUCCCUGCUUGCUUGCCCUUCAAUUGCUUAAAAACAGAAAUAUCUUCAGCCUGAGUUUCCAGCAAUGGCCAAUCAAAUUCCCUUGGCACUUACCUUCACCUUACUCCUCGUCUGUUUCAAACAUGCAGGAGCUCUAUCGGUCACCUUUUCCUUUAAGAACAACUGCCCAUUCACUGUUUGGCCAGCAAGCCUAAAUAAUGCUGACAGUCCACAGCUGUCUUUGACAGGCUUUGCUCUGACAACAGGUGCUUCAUCUUCCCUGAGUACCCCUGUGCCAUGGUCUGGUCGGUUCUGGGGUCGAACGCGAUGCAAUACAGAUUCCUCAGGCAAGUUUACUUGUGCAACCGGUGAUUGUGCCUCUGGUAGAAUAGAAUGUCAUGGUGCUGGCGGUAUACCACCGGCAUCCUUGGCAGAGUUCGCUCUAAGAGCUAAUGACGGGCACGACUACUAUGAUAUCAGCCUGGUGGAUGGUUUUAACAUCCCACUUUCAGUAAUUCCACAAGGAGGUUCUAGUGAGUGCCGUUCCACGAGCUGUGCAGCUAAUGUGAACGCUGUUUGUGAUUCUAAAUUAGCUGUUAAAGAGUCUGAUGGGACUGUGAUUGCCUGCAAGAGUGCAUGUUUGGCAUUCAACCAGCCACAGUUCUGCUGCACUGGUGAGUUCAGUACACCAGACAAGUGCCUUGCUUCCAACUACUCGAGCAUUUUCAAGCAACAGUGCCCUGAGGCUUAUAGUUAUGCUUAUGAUGAUAAAAGUAGCCUACUUACUUGUCCUAGUGGAUCUAACUAUGUGAUCAACUUCUGUCCAUGAUGAAAUAACUAUUCAUCUCCUUCGAAAAUCAGGAGCAGCACAGCUUUAAUUUGUUCAAGGACAGAAUAACCUUGGAUAAUAGAGGACGUCAGGAUCAAACAUGAGAUUCUGACACUCAGGAUGUGUUCAUAUUGAAAAUAAAAGGAGAUUAUUAUCAGUA